UUGGCGACUAUUUACUUCCCGGUUACGGAACAAACUCCUACUAAUAAUCUUCUGCUAUUAGGAGAUGGUCGAUUGUAGGUUCACUUUAUUCUUCUUUGGUUGAAACCAUUUGUUUUCAUUAAACAUCGUACCCUAAGGAGUAAGAGUUCAUCAUGUUUUCCUUCAAUAUGUUUGACCACCCGAUUCCACGGGCCUUCCAGAACCGGUUCUCCACACAGUACCGCUGCUACUCCGUCUCCAUGCUGGCCGGGCCCAACGACCGCUCCGACGUCGAGAAAGGAGGGAAAAUUAUAAUGCCUCCAUCUGCGCUGGACCAGCUCAGUCGUCUCAACAUCACCUAUCCAAUGCUGUUCAAGCUGACUAAUAAGAACUCGGACCGCAUGACGCACUGCGGCGUGCUGGAGUUUGUCGCGGACGAAGGAAUCUGUUACUUGCCUCACUGGAUGAUGCAGAAUCUUUUGCUGGAGGAAGGAGGUCUGGUCCAGGUGGAGAGUGUGAAUCUCAUGGUCGCAACGUACUCAAAGUUCCAACCCCAGAGCCCAGACUUCCUCGACAUCACCAACCCCAAAGCAGUGUUAGAAAAUGCCCUGAGGAACUUCGCUUGCCUCACGACUGGUGAUGUCAUUGCAAUCAACUACAAUGAAAAGAUCUACGAGCUGCGAGUGAUGGAGACCAAACCAGAUAAGGCCGUGUCCAUCAUUGAGUGCGACAUGAAUGUGGACUUCGAUGCCCCUCUGGGCUACAAGGAGCCGGAGCGGCGCUCGCAGCAUCACGAGGAGCCCACGGAGGAGGACGCUGACCAUAGCAGCUAUGCUGAAAUGGAUGUUGGCUUCAGAGCAUUCACGGGAUCAGGGAACCGACUGGACGGCAAGAAGAAGGGCAUCGAGCCCAGCCCGGCGCCUCUGGACCCCAACGACAUCAAAAGGGGCAUUCCGAACUACGACUUCAGGAUGGGGAAGAUAACCUUCAUCAGGAAUUCACGGCCGCAGCCGAAGAAAAUAGACGAUGAGGAUGCCGUGAACAGGUUCAUCGCCUUCUCCGGUGAGGGCCAGUCGCUGCGCAAGAAAGGGAGGAAACCCUAGGACCCCCCCCCUGUCAAGCAGGGAAUGGACAGAGGGUGGACACGCAGGCCCUGAGCUCCGACCCGGACCCACCAGUGACGAGUGAAAUCAAUUUGCCGACGGGUAGAGCCAGACUUCCUCUCUGCGUGUCCCUCACUUCGGAAUUCGGAGCCCCAGAAGAGUUUUUUUUUUCCUGGUUUUCAUUCAACAAAGAAUUUUCACACAGGAACAAACUUAUGGAAAAAGAUUGGGGAAGAAAACAAUUGUCCUACAGAUAUCGGAAUUAUUUCACAUAACUGCAUUAUAACUUUUGGUUAAUACAAUACAGGGAUUCACUGUUUUGCUAAUUUAUGUACUAUAUAUAUCAAAACCACUUAAUACUUUUAAUAAAGCCGAUAUAAACCCA